CAACACAGAAAUAUCAGGAAGGCUCGUCCAGCUGACUCAAGCUCCUGAAAAAAGAAUAUUUCCUCAUGCCAUAAAUACCUUCCCCAUCAAAUGGGGCUUAAUUUUAGACUGUGCCUGAAACACAAGCAAGCCGCUCACCCAUGUAGACAUAAAGCCCCUCAUCAACCGUAUCAUUAAGCCCAACAGCACCGUGCCACUCCGUUCAGGAUAACCAGAUUUGUUUAUUCUUCUCUUCUUCAUUUUAUUUGGGGCAGAGAUGUCGGAUCACAGCAACCAGGAUUCCAGCCUGGAAGACAUUGAUGAGGAUGAGAUCCUGGCUAACCUCUCUGCGGAGGAGCUGAAGCAACUCCAGAGUGAGAUGGAUGUUAUUGCUCCAGAUGAAAAGGUGCCAGUCGGAAUGAGGCAGAAAGACCAAACAGAGAAGCCUCCCACAGGUUCCUUCAACCACAGGUCACUGGUGGAUUAUUUGUACUGGGAAAAAAAGUCCAACAGUGUGCUGGAGGAGGAAAGAGUCCCCACUACUCUGUUACCCAUUGAGGCAAAUGAGGAAGAAGAAAUUGAGAAUGAAGAUGGAAAUGAGAAAGAUAUGGAAUAUGUGUAUGAAGAGGGUGAUGAAGCUGGGGGAAAAGCUGAAGAUGUCAGGGAAGAUUAUGAGGAGGAAAAGGAGGAAGAACAGAUCAGAAUGGAUCAAAACGAUGCUCCUGAAUUCUCAUUAAAAUCCGGCAAAGACAUGGCUCCUGACACAGAUGUAACACUGGAAAACUUCUUGCCCCCCCCAGAGUUUGCAGAUAUGCAGGAUGAGAAAGAGACAGGGGUUCCAGAACAAGACUACAGUCCACCAGAUGUACCUGCUGAUGAACAGAUCAGCACUAUUCAAGCUGAUACAGCAACUGGAGCUACUGAAGCAGCCCCUGAGGAGACCCUUAAAAAUGGCAAAGACUCUGAGAAGGAAGAGAAGAAAAUAGGCAAACUGAAAAUUCCAAAACUUUCCUUUGGCAGCAACGCCAUCAAGUUAACGGCAAGGCCCUCAGGCAAUGAAACAAACCUAGACACCACCUUGGACAAGAUCCGCAACAACGACCCCGCCAUCAAAGAAGUGAACCUGAACAACAUCGAGAACAUUCCCAAAGAAAUGCUGAUUGAUUAUGUUAAUGCACUGAGGAAAAACAAACAUGUGACAACCUUCAGCAUCGCCAACACCGGUGCUGACGAGAACAUCGCCUUCAAUGUAGCCAACAUGCUGCGUGAGAAUCGAAGCAUAACCACCUUAAACAUUGAGUCAAACUUUAUCACAGGUAAGGGCAUUGUUGCGAUCAUGCGCUGUUUGCAGUUCAAUGAGACCCUGACUGAGCUGCGCUUCCAUAACCAAAGGCACAUGUUGGGCCACCACGCUGAGAUGGAGGUGUCCCGCCUGCUGAAGGCCAACAACACACUACUGAAGAUGGGCUACCACUUUGAGCUGCCAGGCCCUAGGAUGGUGGUGACUAAUCUGCUGACGAGGAACCUCGACCGCCAAAGGCAGCGGAGGCAUGAGGAGCAGAAGCAGCAGCAGAUGAAGAAGCAGAGGGAGAUGAUGGAGAUGUAUGAGAGUUCCCUCAACCUUCCUCCAGGCCUGUUGGAGAUGCUGGGAGGCUACCUGCCCCCAAUGGCAUUCAUGCCUCAGGACACCAGCGAGUCAGAACAGGAGCCAAGUCCCCCUUCAAUAGCCUGUCAAAAACACGAUCCACAACUCCACAACCCCCCCAGGCCGGAGCCUGUAAACCCUAUCAAGGACAUCCAACUGAAGAAAACACCUAAGCGCCGGGACCCCCUACUGGAGCUGAACCCCAAGGAGGAGAUGAGAGAAGACAGAGCCAGUGUCCAGCUAAGGAAGACACCCAGGCGCAAAGAGACGGCUAGCGGGGGCCCUAUGGAUGAGACAUCUAACUUGAAGGAUGUGAUAAAGACUCUGAAGCCAGUCCCUCGAAGACGGCAGCCACCCAAGGUGGAACUUACACCACGUGACCAGCUUCUGAGUGAGAUCCGCCAGAGUAAUGUCGCCUAUCUGAAAUCGGUGCCACUCCCGAAAGUGUUGGAAUCAAGUGAGACCAGUCUGUUCUGAAUGAUCGGCAACAUAUGGAUGGACUUGUUCAGAGCAAUCCAACACCAAAGACAUGCCAUUACAUAUGAAACAACCCAGCAGCUGCAGGAGUAGAGAAAUAAAGGAAGCUUCAGUGCUCUCUGAGAAACUUGAAGGAGUUCGUAGCUGGCUAGUAAACACAGGGCCAGCCCGACACAUAAGUGAACUAAGCGCCUGCUUAGGGCCCCCUGUGGCCACCAGAGGGCCCCCAAGAGCGCUUGAAAUGUC